AUGCAUUCGAAUGUCCCAUCUCAUUCCCAUUCGAAUCCUCCACCAUCGCAUCACCAUCAUCACAGUAACAGACAUGGACACAGCUCAUCGACGUCAACCCAAAUGAAUGGCCAAGUCCAGCAACACCCUCCACCUCAAAUCACACCCGAGGAAUUGGCCGAAAUGGACCGUCAGAAGGUGAACCCCGCAUUGAUAAAAUAUGUCGAGGAUUUCAAAUUUCCCUACAUUAGUGACGUGAGCAAUUACGAGAAAGCUUCUGAAAAUAGGGCAAGGGACAUUUGGAGAAGUGUUCAAAGCUCGGUGCAAGAAAACCGGUAA